AGACCUGGGCUUUCCUGAAGAAAGAGAGACUUGGUGAUCGCAGACCAAUUCAUUGGACUGACCCUCAUGUGCCUCUGACAUGUUGAUAUCGCCCCCCCGCGCUAUCCCGGUUAUUUUCACCUUUGGUUUUCAUUGCGAUAAGGGGCAUAGGCAUUGCGCGCCUUUCUGGCAUGUGGCAUGCUAUAGAAUUUCAUGGUAAAUAAAAGCCAGCUAGCACAUUUGUUUCGCAACAAUUUGAAAUGGUUAGAGAGACGUACUUCUUCAGUGAUACAACUUGUGGUUUUAGUUUUAGAUGGCAUGGCAUCACGAUGAGGAGUAACUACGUGAUAAACAGAAGUCGAAAAAUAUAUCAUUUUUUUAUCGAUGUACUUGGUUUCAUCGACAACCCUAUGUAUGGGGUAUGUGGGGACAAACAAGUACUUGUUGUGGGUAUCAAUCAGAAUUAGUCAUGCGUUGUGUGAGAUUUUUACGAAAAUAGAGAUAGCGUAGGAAUAUCAUGUCCGGAACUCACCCUGCGGCGGCUAGAGGGCCUGCUUCCUCCAUGGAAGACUUCGCACUCGAGGUCUGCCGUACGCCAGCAGACUUUCUCCGCAAGACGCUUGACAAGUAUCCGGAAGGUGGGCAGAUACUGCAGGAAAAGUUGCAAAACGCGGUCGAUGCGGGCGCCACUAGAGCAGGAUUCUUUCUGGUUUCUGCAGGCUCUCACGACAAGGAGACGUCACCCAAUCGAGUCGAUAAGGAUAGUGGUGCGCGUGAGAAGAGGUUUGCAGGUAAAAGGAGCCUAGAAUGCAGCCAGCAAAGCCAGGGUAAAGAACAACACGGUGAUGAUUUCACCGGUAAUGCCAGCGACGAGGAAAACUACAAAGAGGACGAAGAUUUGUCUCGUGACAUCGAAAAGCUGUCGCUGCUUGAAUUUUGCGGGGACGCGCUGUACAUGACGAAUGACAGUGUUUUCACACCCGAGGAUUGGAAGAGCUGGAAACGCAUGUACGAGUCGCAGAAAGCGCACAAGCCAGGUAAAAUUGGGCAAUACGGACUCGGAAGCAGGAGCUUCUUCCACUUGACAGAUCUCGUUACGGUGCUCAGUGAUACAACGCUGGCCAUCGUAGAUCCGAGUAACUUAGUCUUCCCCUCAGGAGGCAUCAAAUUCGACAUAACAACUGACUGCCAGAAACUUCUGAUUGACCUCAACCUGGCGGACAAGGGCUCGCAGAAGCAGGAAAGCCAGGAGGACACGAAGAAGGAAGGCUUAUCGAGGCAGGUGGACGUGGAGAUAAAUGCCUGGACCAAGUACUUAGAUCAAAGUUUGAAAGUAGUAUUUCUAUUUUCUGCUGCAACUGCGACGGGCAAUAAACGUAGAGCUAGACGAAGUGUCAUUUUUGUCAGAUCUCUCAUAUUGAAAAGCCACGUGGUGUAAAAAAACAUUUAUAGAUAUAAUAUAUAAGCACGCAUGGUGCAUGGAGUAGCAUGGAGUGCAUGGAGCGCAGAGCUUUAUGGGGCGCAAGAAGCUCCCCUUUUAGCUCCAUGCUACUCCAUGUGAUCCAUGCACUCCAUGCCAUGCGAGCUGUGAAACCUUAUAAAUUGCUCUGGUGUAUAUUGAUGAUCCAGGGCGCAGGGCGACGGUGCCCCCCCUACGGGCCCCUUUUUAAGGCGUCUGCCGGGGGUGGAAGGCCUCAAAAGAGCCAAGUUACCUCCCCCGCUCCCUUCCAGCUGCCUGGCUGUUCCUUACGGGCCUCCGAUCUAGGUGGGAGGCUUCAAAAGGGGCCCAAGGGACCGCCUGCGCCCCUUUCCAGGUGUCUGCCUGUGCCCUAAGUGCCUCCGAUAUGCUUCGCCGCCACAGCAGUGCCCCGGUUGUGAGAGGCCUCCGAAGGCGGCAAAAGGCGAGGGGCUGGGCCCCCUGAGCCGUGCGGCUUGUGCCCUCCGGGCCCUUGGUCAUCGGCUUGCUGGCUCUUGCGACCUUGGCCGCCUUCGGCGGCCUUUUACCCCGGAGACCUCCCGCCUGCGAGGGUCAGCAGAGGCCAGGAGUUCCUUGAGGAACACGCAGAGAGGCGCAAGGGACCGCCUGCGCUAAGUUUUGGCGCGCGCCUUCCACCACUAGAACCUGCGAAAAUCAGCGCGGAAAAGCGCGCGCGCGCCACUACAGACCAGACCACAGGGGGGGGGGUGCCGUGCAGCCCUAAAACAUAUAUACUGAAUGCCACAGCUUUCUUGGACUAAAACUGAGGAGGCCAUCUGUCCUUCCUUGCCAAAUAAUGACACCAGGUUUCUUGCUGGCUUCGAAAAUUUUGGAUUGAAAAGAAAAUCUGACGGGAGCAAUAAUUUCGAACCUUUUGCCGGCACUGUAUUUCGAUUGCCACUGCGUACUGCACGACAGGCGAAGCUGUCCCAGGUGAGUAAGCGCGUGCAAACACCGGAAGAAAUUUUGGGGCUCAUGCGUAAGCGCUUCGAGGAUGCCGCUUCCCUCCUGCGCUUCACGCACUCGGUGCGUCAGCUCGAUUGCGGCGUUUACGAUGGCGAAGGCAACUACCACGAAGCCGUCAGCGUGAAGCUUGUAGAAUUACCGCCUGACUGUGCGAUCGCGGGUAUGCCUGCUGAUGGUAAAUUGUCAGGAGAGAAAAAUGAAGCGACACUUGCUGGACCUAGCAAGAGCAAUAACGGUAAUAAAAAUCGUCCUCUCCAUCUUCCGCAUGCAAUUAGCGGCGAUGAAGGCCAACUAGCGAAAUAUUUCGCGUCUUCGGGAGAGCAUACAGCGAGACAGGCAGUGCCAGAUUUCCUGCGAGAGCACCGUCGAUACCAGGAUUUGCAACGCGUUUUGGUCGAGAACCACAAGAAUUUUUUCUCAAGCAAAGCAACAGCGUUGUCUUCUUCUUCGUCUGUGAAGAAUACUGCGCCUGCAGAUGGCUUGGCGAUUGUGAAGCAUGUAGCCUACCAAAUUCUGAUCCAAACAAGAACCAACUUCGCAGUAUUUCGAAAGCUGCAACGAUGGGAUAAUAAGAAUAAACAAGAACAAAAUAUAUGCGCCGACAAGGAUACUUCCGAUCCGGAUGAGCAUGAAGGGAGAAGUAAAACCUCAUGGAUUCGCGAGUUGGUGCAUUUUGCUGUUGUGGCCGAUAGAGAGCUGUGCCGCGGUGCCACAGAGUUGCACACGUCGCCGGUGGUAGCUGUAGCACUUCCACUUCCUCUCCCGCUGCCGCGAGGCACCUCUUGUAAACGAGAAGAGGAACAGCAAGAGCAACAAGCACACCAAGCGUAUACAUAUCUUCCAAUUCCUGGCGCGACUGGGCUGCCCUUUCCGGUUCACGGCGAUUUUCAGCUCCAUGACGACCGACGCAGUAUCUGGGCUAGUGAGACCGAUUCGGACGUGCGCGGCGCUGCUCGACUGAAGCAUGAGUGGAACACGAAAUUAGCAGUACAUACGCUAUCGCGACUCUUGGCCGAGCAUGCGUAUCCGGACGUGGCUGCGCUUCUCGUCCGCAGUGCUUAUGAAGGAGUUGGUCCUCUCACUGAUCCGGCUGGUCAUGCAGAACAAGAUGGAAAUGCUGAUGUCUCCAGGACAUCCAAAGAAGUUGCACCACACACUGUUUCGAGAAGAGACCACCUGCUCGUCGGAGAACGUCAUCUUCGUGAGUCCUAUUAUCGCCUCUGGCCGAAGGUUGUUCCUCAUGAGUCAGCAAAAGGCUAUUGGCAUAAGCUAACGGCACAGUUGCCGAAGGCUGUCAGCUCUAUUCCUGUAUUUCCUGGCGAAAUGCUUCUCAGCGUAUCAGCUGCCCCGCUUUCUCGUCCAUGCGAUCUCACUAUUCUCGCAUCUGAGUUCCGCAUCUCUACGAACACCUACAGCACUGCUGUAGAAUCGGGGAACCAGAGCGCUGUUGUUGGGGCGUUUCCCUUACGAAGCGCCGCGAUGCGGUUUCUAGCACGAUGCUUCGGAUCAACAGAAAAGUUCCUCCCGACUGAUUGCCCGCCACAUGUGGAAGAGCUUCUGGAACCCGAGUGCCGUCGGCAGCUCGACUUCGCAUCGUUCUACACCGAAUAUUUCUUCCCAGCGGUGGCAGAACAGCUUGUUGACCAGAACACGGGAGAAUUUAUCCCGCAACUACCUAGUAGGACCCUCAUGCACGAGCACGACAAAGAAGGUGACAUCACAAGUAGAAAAAUAGACACCCUAGCAUCAUCUUCGAGAGCGACCCCACGAACAGCGGACGCUGCUAGCACAUUAGCAAUAUUCACAGCAGAGGACCUGGAUUUCUUGCUGCAGAACUAUCUCGAGCGUGUUGCACAAGUUGAUGAUGCCGCACUGCAGGCGUGGUUGCCGCAGCAUGAGUUUUUCACGUCAACCAGGAUUCUUCGCACAAGCUCCGGAAAGUACAUGCGAAUCCCCGAUGUGCAUGACCCGGAUGAGAAGAGGCUAAGGCAACUCAAACUCUUGGAUUCGGAACCGGACGCUUUUCCAGCCUCGUGCUUCAAAACGCCAACAAUUCUAGCUGCGCUUAAUACGCGCUGCGGAGGUCUCAGGAAGGAGCUGACUUGGGAAACGAUUGAGGGUCUUGCUGAGAAAAUUGCCGCUGACGGAGUUGCGGCAGAUAAAGUCGCGCUGUCUUUGGCGAAGGACUACGAGAGCGCGAGCGAACUUCCAGCGACCAUUGACCUCGGCGAGUACGAGCCGGAACACUCCAGGAAAAAAGGCACACUGACUGCCAGCGAGCGCUCCUUGAUCAGAAUCAAGAGGGAACAACAGCAAGACGGGGGCCCGCCCACAGCUGAUUCACAACAGGAUGCACAGCAGACCAUGAUGCGUCCAAAAUACCGUUGGAACCAGGCACAGACGCUUACUGCAACAGCAUCCACAUCCACCGGUCGAAGCAGCUCGUCGGAAGCAGAGGGCCCAAUCAAUCUCAUAUCGGAUUCUGACGACUCCGACGCAGAGCAAAAGCCGGCGUACGGAAAUGCAUCGUUGCUCCAGAAGGCGAAGCGACUACAAGAGUACGUCUCGCGGAAAUUGCAGAAGGAGAAGAAAGCGAUGGAAGGGAAGAAGGCAGGCGAAGCAGAUGGCAAUGUUGUGGGUCAGCAAACUCCGCUAUUGGAAGCGGGCGUUACCGUCAGGAAGAACAAGAAUAAGAGAAAGCAAGUACUACAACAUCAAGCAGAAAAUCAGAAAACUGAGUUGGAUGAAACGAAGGAAAAGGAAGUGUCCGGACAUUCUCGUCCCUGGCGCCGCCUUUUUGAGGAGAUUCACUGGGUACCUCAGUUGACGCAAGAUCACACUCAUUUUCGCAUCUGGGCUGCACAAAGGACUUUGAGGCCACCAACGCAUCUCGUUGCGCGGAAGGACGUGAAUGGCGUGUUUGCAGCACAUCCGGUUUGCGAAUGGAAUUUACAAACAGAUGAUGCAUUUUCUGUCGUCGCUGAAUGGUCAAGCCCUCCUUCAAAUGGAAAAUGGGCUGACCUGCUUCUUCCCGGUAGUUGGAAAACGACUACCGGUGUAGACUGGAAGCGGCAGUUGCGCAGUCUGCGCAGUGCUCUCCAGCAAAACUUGUUGAACGUAGAGGCCUACACCGAGGCGUUUUGGUUUCUGCUCGAGCUGAUGCAGAAAAGCAAUGUUGCAGAUAUGCUGUCACAAAAAGACGAGCUUGAUUUUUCUUCCAGUUUGACGCCGGCAGCCGAGCCCGUCGCUUCCGACUCGGAUAGCACACUGCGGCAUUUGGAAAUCAUACCUAUCGGAAAUCGAUUGUUCAAGCCGUCCCAGUGCAUCGUUAGUAAUCGCAAGCUUAACCCGCUACUGUAUCCAAUAGGAAACACUCUAUUGCCGUUUCAGAGAGAGCUGUCGGUCUUCGGCGCAGUGCUGGAGUUGGAUAUAGACCGAAUUAGUGAGGUUUUGCAGCAGGUCUUUGACGCGCAUGCAAUGGAAGCAGCCACAUCAUCGCAUCAAGCUGGCGCCAUCGAAGACAAGGAAACAAAAAAUGAUGAAGCGUCCGCCACUAGUUUUUCUGCGAUCCUGCCUAUGAAGACUGAUGAAAACCGGGAAGAGGCCAUGACCCAACGCUCGCUCGGUACAAAGCAUAGUGAAGCCGUGGCGAACCUCCUCAAGGAGUGGGCAGAGAUCAACGAGCAUAGCACGAAGCAGCUGCGUGAAAAGAAUUUACCGAAAAAGCGAAACAGCAAUUUUGCUGCGGAAGCGCCCACUAUCGCGCAAUAUCCAAAGUACGUUCUAACGCUUGCGGAGAGCUUGCAACUGCGGGAAAACGUCUGUUUCAAUGAUGGCAGACAAGGACCCGGUGUUGACGAGCAUCGUGUGCUGGCGGACGUUUUUUCUCCGGCUGAUGCACUUGCGCUGGGUGUGCCGCGGCUGGCGGACAUUUACGCGCGUCCGUUCGAGCGAGAAGACGACGAGGAGGGGGCAGCAAGUCAAGGUCAGGAUCUGGAGAUCCGUGGGCAACAAAGGCACCUGGGGGACAAAAGCCUUCCAAGUGCACAAUUUAAUCUGGCAGAAGACGCUUCGUCGUUCGAUAUCUCCACAUCCUACUCUGAUCGCGUUCGUGCAAUUUUGGAGGACUAUCAAGACCCUGGCAGUGGCCUGUCCACUAUCUGCAACGAGAAUAUUCAGAACUUCGACGACGGCGGCGCCGAGGAAGUGUGGUUCGUCAUCGACGAGCGAAAGCACCCAGCUGAGACUCUGCUGUCCAAAACGGACAAGAUGCGGUCCCUACAGGGUCCAGCGUUCGUAAUCGCUGGCGAUUCUGUUUUCUCUCAGCAAGACCUGAAGUCUAUUCAGCGUUUGGAUCGCUCCUCGAAGCGGCUGCAAUUCGAUAAGGACGGCCAAUUUGGAGUAGGCAUGAAUGCAGCUUAUCACGCAACUGAUUCGAUGAUGCUGCGCACGCAUGGGGAUGUUGUCUUCUUCGACCCUCUGGGGGAGUACUGUUGCAAAGAUCUGCAGGAUGGCAAGCCCGGGCGUCGAUUCCCGGAGCAGACUCUACGAGAUCAUUGGCCCGACCAAAUAGCUCCAUUCGCGAGUCUAGACGACACCGAGUUCCCAGAUGGCUUUCGCUUGCCGUCGGGCACGCAAUUUCGAUUGCCUUUCCGUCUUAAGUCGAGUAAUUUGAAGCGAAAAGUGUUCGAGCUCAAAGACUACCGUGCUGAAUUGCGUAGUUGGGCCAAGCAGGAAAUGUGGAAGUGUCAAAUAUUUGCGAGAUCUCUGCGUCGCAUAGCGGCUGCACACAUAGCUGCAAAUGGCGAAGUCACAAUACUCGGACAGCAUUCAUUGCAGAUAAAGCCGAUGUCGCCACUGUUUCUGCCCGAAAAAACAAGAGAGGGACAGCAGCAGGGCGGUCGCGAUCCCCCUCGAGAGGGCACCUCCGUUCCUGCUUCCUCUUCGUCUUCUUCUGCGCCUUCGGUAUUAGGAAGUGACCUUCUCGAACGCUCGGGCGAGCAUUUGGCCACACUUCCUGGCCCAGUUUCCGAUCUCGUCGUUCCUUUUUUGAAGGCAGAAGAUUCUGAGGAAGGAUCGGGCUCUCGUGGAGAACUUUACGGUCUUGGGAAUCCCCGGUCGGCAGGACGCGGUCUGGGAAAGAUGCUGCCCGAAUUCGUGUCGGCAAUACGUGACGAUAAUCCUCGUGAAUUCUACAAGCAGUUGCCGCGGACCGCGGAAGAAAUCGAAGCUCACUUGGACAACUCGAGGCCGAUUCAGAGCCGUUACUGCUACUCCCAUGUCGUCGUCCGACGUGGCACCAGCAAAAAGACUGAAAUUGAAUUUGUGCUCGUGCUCUUCUUCAAUGCGACCUGCUUGGACUGGUCGCUUCGGCUUCUGCAGGAGCAAGAAACAGCGCUACUGCCAGUUACCGGCAUUGCACUGCCACUACGAUUCCGCACAAUGCAGCAGGAAUCGCACGGACACGUCGAUCACUACCCAGGCACACCGGAGUUUCAGAAGCGAGUUCAGGAAUUCAACCGCGAGAACGAAUACCUGUUCCGGUUUCGCCCGUUGCGCCGUGGUGUGCGGCAACAGAGCUCUAGCGUCACGGAGUUUUACAUGCACGGUUACUGGCGGUUGCAUUCCUCGCGCCUGCUGAUCCAGUUCGACCAGGAGGAAAAAAACUGUUGGAACACGAUGUUGAUGCAGAAAGUACUGCUCCCAACCUACGUGUUGGCAUUUUGUGGAGCGCUCGGAACCUUAAAGCGUGUCCAAGACGUUGAGCUUGAACGAGCUAGAGUCAGGGAAGCGGAGAAACGAGCGAAGCGUGCGAACAGGGCAAACUUGUUCUCGGUAGCCAAUAGCGAGAGUGAGGGAACCAAUACCGCCUCGAGCAACGCGGAUCUGGCGCGGAGCUGUUUGCUAUCACUUCCUGCUGUCACUGCGUACCCGCAUUUGCUUCCAACCUGCGGGACCGGUCAAAACAACGGCUCGAGCCAGACGUUGGAGUUUCCACCUGUAAAUCGAUCUCAGCGAGAGGGUAAAGAGAGCAAUCUGCACACUGUAGCUGGAGGAAGGAAAAGUUCUGCCACUACUGUUGAAGUUAAAAGGGAGUCUGGCGCUGAUGGAGCCGCUGCAUCGUCGUGUUCAUCCAGCAGCAACAGUCACGCAAAUGCUAGCUCGCAGCCACAGCGCUUCAUGCGUGACCAGUGGGGCGGGCCCUUGUUGGCGCUUGAUCAGGUCUUCAGCGUCGAUGACGAGGAAGCAGGGACGGACCAACAUCAAGGUGGCACCCGUGUAGAUCCUUGGCAACGCUUUGCAGAUGGCUGCCUUGCCUCUCUCUAUGAGCGAGAGAUCCCAUGCGUCCCUGUGUGUCACGACAAGGACGAGGAGGAAACAACGGCAGGACAGCAGCAGCGAGGCCAGACGAGAAAAAACGCGAUGUCAACAUCGUGGCUGCUGGACCCGGUAGCUCUGGCACGUCAUGCGAUAGAGGAAAUCCUAAUCUGCGAGAUUUCCAUGGAUUUUGCUCCUGAUCCAGUAUUCUGCAAAGUCUCUCCUAUGCAGAUGUUUGACCGGGCUUCUCUGCAUCAGGCCCUCGCUGCGAGCGGGAACGUGCAUCCGUCAACACGACAGCAGGUGGGUAACAACGGCGUUUGCAGCAAUGUUGCAAUGCGGGAGCUCGCCGAAGCGCUUGUACCCGACGAGAACACAAGAAAAAGAAUCACUGAGGGUCGCAUUGGUGGAGAAGACGUGGAUAUCGACAUCGCAACGGCUAUAAACUGGCUCCGUCAAUUGCAAAAGUACCAGUCUACUCUCCCGGAGCCCACGUUGACCAGCAAGGGGCGGACGGUUCCGAAGGGAACAUCGCAAUUGCAUGAGGGUGAGAAGAUACUUGGUCGAAAUAAGCCACUAUCCGAGGUGCUAGAGUUUGUCUCGCGGUUCGAGAAGCUAAAGGACGCAGAUGUGGAGCUUGUUGCUUUGGAAAACUCACGACAAGAAGCCUAUGGCCACGUCGUCGAGUGGGUUCCGCUUUCUCGCGCGGUAUUUGACGGCCGCGCGGCACUGGCGUUUUGCACGACAAGUCCUGGAGAGGAAGGUGAGUCGACUGCCUCAGCAGCCAUGCCCAUGGCAUCAUCUUCAUCCUCCAGUGCUCGCAGAGGUGGGCACGGCAUUGGGCGCUACCAGUAUUUCUUGGAAUUACGCCCUAUGAUUCGACACGUGAUGUCCGUCUCUCUGCUCUCCUUGCGUGCCCAGGCGAGGCUUUCGAAAGCGCUAGCGGGGAUUGUGGCAACCAACGAUCGCAACAACAGUUUCGACAGAAAAACAAGUGGGAAUAUCGAAGAGAAGAUUUCCUUUGCCGCGGUUCUAAAUGAGCUUACGCCGUCGAGAGUGUGCGCGGCAUUGAGGGAAUACGCGGACAAAACACACAAAAUUUUCGACCUCUACUGCCCCGGCGAUUUUUACGACCCACAUACUAAGGAAUGGUCUCCGGCAGACGACGUAGUCAAUCAGGUUCGCAAUCCAGAGGGGCACGUCUCGUCCACAUCCGCAUCUUUUUCUUCUACCUCCGUACCGUCUUCAUCAGUCGCUGCGCCACUAUUAGCCAUCCCCUUUAAUUGCCCUGCUCCGCAGAGUGUAGACUUCGUGGAGAUUUCGAGACUCCCGAAAGGGUUGCGGAUCCGCAAGGAAUCUUGGGUACGAAAUUUCCUGAACUUUUUGUUGUCUCGUUUCUGGAAGCAGCUCGCACCGCACGAGGAUACCCUGAACGAGCUCGAGGGGACGCCGCUGCUCCUGCUUCACCAAGGCCUUCUGGGCCGAAUGCCGAAUCUCCAAAAUUUCUCCGCCGACGACCGCGGGGUAGUAGAAUUAUACUCACGUCCCUUUAGGACUGCAGCCAGUGCCACUGUUCACCGGCAGCUUUCUGGCUGUCAGUGGGCUCGCGUACCUCAACUUUUUCUGCGAACGCCGCAGCACUCAGAUGUGUUGUGGAGAAACUUGGUCAACAGUAAGGACAGUGACGGUCUCCAAUUCGCACCAAGACUGUCUGCAAAAGCGUUCCUGCAGCACCCAGAGCGUGAGCUUCCUCCCUCCUACUUCUACGAUGGGGAGUUGCCAUCGCAAGAGUUGAGUGGAACGAGGAACGCGCUCGGGCACGGGACGACAGCGAGAAGCCCUUUACCAUUUGCCUCUUUGUCAUUGACAAAAACGCAGUGGCAAAGUCUUGAGAUGACCGUCAGCGCGAUCGCGCAACUCGGACAUGCCAGAAACACCAGUUUCCUAGCACCCGGAGCGAACUUCCCCGCCAUCGUCGACACCACGGCCCCGCAUGAGGAAAUAUGGCGGGCCAGCGUGAGCCGCUGGCCGCUGCUGCCGACAGACUGCGGGCGCGUGCUCCCUUUGUCGCGUCUCGACCGAAUCAUUGGACCGGUCGAGAACCUCCCCAGUUUUUUGAGAAAAUCGUUGCAAGAAAACGGUUACUAUUUUCGGGGGAAUUUUGCGGAACGAGAGCGAUCCGAGGUGCUUGAAGGCCUCCUGAAAGCAUGGGUGCCGUCUUCACUGCAGAACUUCGUAAGAUUGCUCACACAGGGUGAAAGCUCCUCUGACUUCCGUGCGACUCUCUCUGCGCUGUCGGAUACCCAAAAGCGUGAUUGUGCUUUGUAUUUUUCGGGAGCUUUGGCUAGUGUUGCGACGGGAAACGGAGGACAACCGCUUAGCGCUGCAAUGAACGCCGAAUUAGUGUUUUUGCGGGAACAGCUUCGCAUGUUUCCGAUCUUUCCUGUCUUGGGCAGGACAGGCUACGGACCACUCGUUUUACGUGCUAGUAAAAAGCACGAAGAUACGAUUGCUGACGCUGCUUUACAGCAGGCUUUGAUUGACUCUGGCUAUGCAGCUCCAGCGGUCUCCUCGUCUUCAUCGCGGCCACCUCCCACCUCGUCCUCAUCUCACACAGGUGCAGCUCGUCAACGAAACCCUGCCGUGACUCUAAGCACACCUCUGGCAACGAACCUCCGGUACAUUACCGGGAUCGAUAUCCUCGACCAAACAUUCGUUGCUGGUCGUGCAGCGGACUUCAAGCAGAACGCUGCAGUGUUUCGCGACUGUCCGAUGUUGCUAUUUGCGGAUCGAAAUGACCUGACAGCCUACGUUAAACUGUGGCAAUUCGUGGGUGCGGAACCGAUAUCCUGGAAAAACUUUGUCGGGACCUUUGUUGUACGCCUAUGCAAGCGGGCGGCAGAGCUGGGACGGUGGACAGAGGUAGAAGAGCUGAUGGACAAAAUCAAAGCAACGCUUGAAGACGUUCCGGAAGAUGAGUUUUCACGGCAGUAUCGUUCUGGAAUUCGCGACAUUCCCUUCCUCCCCAUGCCUGCGAAACGCCGCGCGGCGCUUUCUGGUGCUGGGACUGAGAAUAACAAGAAAAGAGCAACAAGUUGUACAAAAUCUUCGAAGCACAACAAAGGACUGGAUUCCAAACGGGAAGAUGCAAAGGCGAACGAUGAAGUGACAAGAAGCGCAAGCGGCUUGAAGAAGCGCCGACUUGCGCUAGGAGGAUUUUCAUCCAGCAGUGCAGGCAACGAUCAGGAGGACGACUUACUUGCGAAUGAAGAGGGUUCGCAGCAGGAACCUAGUGCAACCAAGAAUAACAUUGCAAAGGGCGCUGUAAUUAAUGUGCAAACGUCCUCCGCUUCUUCGAGGUCCCCACCAGGAGACGGCGCUGCCCAUAUUGAUGACGCCGCACUGCUUGUCGAUAUACCUGAAAGUGCAGCCGUCGUUGAUCCUGACGCGCGCACCACUGUGGUCGAAUUGUUCGAUCCAGAGGUUCCGUUACUCAAAACCUUCCUCGAUGAUGACGACUUUCCGCAAGGAAAGUAUGCAAAUGCUGGCUGGCUCAAAUUUUUGCGCCGUUUAGGUUUGCGGUCGCGGUUUCAUGCCGAAGAUUUCAUCGCGCACGCCGAACACGUUGCACAGCAGGCUGCAGAAUUGACGAGAAGCGCUGCUGUAGAAGGGGAUAGUACCGAAGCAGCACGUGCAGGAGGUGCACCUUCUUCGAGCAGCAGUAUCUGUGAUGUCGAAAAGGGGAAAGAAGUUGUACUAGAAGCAAAGGCGAAGAUGACAACGACUACAUCGUGUGGAGGUACUGCAGCAAUGGCUUCGAAUCUUGACGUGGAGCAAGAUCAAGCGCCUGAUCCGGUCACUGCUCGGUCAGCAAGGACGAUGCCGGAGUUCUCUCAACGCCAAGAACGAUUACGCCUUCGCGCAUUGUUGUUGUUCCGUUUUCUGUUGAGCCAAAUAUCAGAGCCGGAUGACACCACAACCGAUUUGUCGCGACUGCAAAACGUAAUAGGAGGAAGCAGUUUGGCCGACCUAGCAAGGCAAGGGCAGUUUCAGGAUAAGGAAUUUCUAUCCCGCGUACGACGGAUUACUUUCAUACCAGCGUGGCACCGAGACGUGGGCGUCAAAGACCGACGUCUGGUGUGGCGCACUUGCGGAGAAGUUCUUUUCCAAAAAAACAAGUGGGAUCAGAGUUGGACCUUAUACGACCUUCAGGCUUUCAAUAUUUCUGCGCUAGACAUGCCUUCACACGAGGACGCAGUUAAGGAAAGGCGAUGGAUUUUACAAACCGCAGAGAGUCCGCAAGUGUGGCGCUGCCUGACCCGGCCCCGGGCGAAAGGUGCCAAACAGCCCGUCGACAACCGCGAUACGCCGCUGCAUGAUGUCUCUGACCUCGUCAACCAUCUAGCCAACCUUUUGCACUACCUGGACGCCAGAACGCUUGACAAUGACGAUGUUGCAUAUGCAUUGGAGACACGCAAGCAAGCACUAGACCGGCUUACGCCGGACUUCUGGUCCGUGUUUCGCGGAUUGUCCAUGUUUUGCAGCGGGGGAAAGCGCUCCUGUCACACGGAUUGCGGCGACGAGCAGCGUCGUGUUCGUAAGCUGCCAGGUGGCUCCACCAGUACGACUGUGCAGGAGGACAAACAUGCACAGCUUGAACAUUCGCUGCACGGCGCGGGCAUUCUUGGACGUGCCUGGAUUCCUGUAGUGGACCUGACCCAGCCAGCUUCGCAGCUCAUUGUCGGCGCCGCCGAAAAAGACGAAAGUAUUUGGGAUCUACUCCCGGCUUCCGAAUUGUUCGCUAACGUCGAAAUACACGACUCUUGGGGGCAUAGGCAAUGCUGUUCCCACUUUGAGGAUAAGAGGCUAAGCAUCGCGAUUCACCCCAUCUUUCGAGCCCUCUUGUUCUUCCCGUACUCCACAGCAGAUGCUGAUGUUGGGGACUCGAGUGGUGCAUUGAGCAUGAAGAAGUUCCGGAAGUCCUUUGCAGAGCUAAAGUUGAGCGACUUUCUAAAGCAGAUGCAACGGCGCUUUCCGCUGGGUUCUCGGCUCACCCACGAAAACGCGGAGACACCUUUGGUGGAUGCCGGAAGAUGUAUGCCGAAAAACGAGUCACAUAGUGUUAACGUUAAGAUGGACAGGGAGGAUACUGCAGUUGCAGGUGGUAACGCACAAGAAAGUCUGGCUCUAGUUGACACGACGGGUACACAGGAAAGACUGCUGGGAACAAAUGAAAACGACGAUGGCCGACUUCACAUGCUGACUACGAACGAGGAUCGUCUCCUGCAGGACCAUGAAGAUGUAGCAGGGGAUAUGGAGAGAGGGAUAGUGGCCUACAUGGCUCAUAUCAAGUUACUAAGUAGGUUGUGGCACGCGGCGGAAAAGGACGAUAAAGCACUGGAGGGCGUCGACCCUCGUAUGAUGCGUCGCUAUCAAGCAUAUGGAGUAGACGCGCGCACUGCUGUGCCUGCAGCAUCAGUUUCUCAGCGUUUACGCGGCCCUCCUGUGACACAACCGCGACGCGAAAAUCCAGCGACGGUGCAACGUGCUUCCGAUCCUUCGGAAGUGGAUGAGGGCCGGGAUAAUGCUAGCUGGCCCCCGCAGCACCCGUGGGACAGGUCGCAGGACCCCCCUCGUCGGCUGAUAACGCGGACUGUGAAGAGGGAGACACGUCAAGAAUCGCGACCUACGGACCACGCCACGAAACAGAAGAAGGAACAAACUGUGGAAGAAGCGCAAGCAGAGCAAGAAAAACUGUUAGAGCCUUUGCUACAACAACAAGAUGAAAAAGAAGCAAAUAGGAAUAAAACUACAGCAGUGCAUCUUGAUGACGGUGCCGUUUCGGACGAGUGUUUGCAACUCGUCGAGGCAACGAUGCGGCAAGAGUUGCCUCUUCCUGACGCCGACGGGGUGUUUUGCACCGCGAAUGAGUUGGUGCUCCCAGCAGUCGCAAGCGGUUUAGCCGUCGCUGAUGCAAAAGCACUUGGCGUCGACGCAUGGGGCCACGAGGACCGGAAUAAGAGAGAAAAGCAAAAGCGUGAAGCGUUCAAACGCUUACGAUACGUGCAUCCGGAUUUGCUUCCAACCGGCAGUUUUGAUCCUGCAUCUUCAACAUCGCGUGUUGGCAACUUCGUCUCCAACUGUCUCCAGAUUCCGCCUCCCGAAAAGGUAUGUAAGUUGAAACUUUCAAAGGUUGUGCAGUGCCAGCCAGGUAGUCUUGACGGGACUGAGCAAAGAGCAUGUGACCUCGCAGAGUUCCUGUCGUCGAAGGUGAAAUUUCUCGAUCCACUCGCGAAGGGCUUGACUGACCUCAUGAUGACUGAAGAUGCAUCACUGGUGCAGCCUGUUCUCGGGGGGAUCCGUUGGGUCGCGUGUUCGCAGCUGAAGACCGCGUAUAGUUUUCCCGCGAGACGAUCGCAGAAGGGCGUAUCCCUGCCGUUGAAAGCGGCAGCAGGAUUGACACGCGCGACGUCCUCCUCAAGUAGCACCUCGAGUAGCGCAAUGGUUGCCCCGACAUGUGACGUUCGUGCGAAUGAUUUCGAAUUCGGAAGUGAUGAGGACGAGACUUUUUACCAGGACGGCGGAGAUCGCGUUCUUGAGGAACUGGAUCCCGAUGUGGCCGGGAGAAGGAUUCUAUUCGCAUCUUCGCUGGCGAGGAAGCUCUGUGAUCAUUCAUCAGAUGACGCACUGCUCCCGCGCCAUCGUGCCCAAGAAGCUCUGCAGUCUGUUAUUCACAAAGAACUUGGCAUAAGUUGUGACACAUAUUGUUCGGCAAAUUCGCACGGCGCUGGCGCUGCUGCUAGCGCUGGAGCUUCGGGCGACGCAGCGAAAAAAGAGCAAACAAGCGGCGCGCCAGACGAGAUGAGACGGAGAACGCAUGUGCGUCGCGUGCUGCUGGACAGUAUACUCAAACGCGUUAUAGAGGAGAACUUCGUUAUUGUGAACGGAGGACGACCUCGGAAGGCACGCGUUGCUGGCAGCCCGAAGCAAGACAGGGCACAAGUAGACGAAUUGGGACUGGUAGAAAAUAUGGAAGAGGAUAGCGACCCAUACAUCAAAGCAGAUGACGUGAACAUCGGAUCUUUGAGUGAAGAGGACGUUGAGCCUGGAGGACCCGGAGCAGAACAACAAUUACAGCCACGAGAUGGCGGAACAAACAGAAAGCGGCAGAGGGACAGCACUUCAGCAGCAGAAGAGGAAGAGGAAGUAAAUGAAGAAGGAAAGCAGGCGAAAAAGAGGAAAAUUAUGGUUACUAAUCAAAGAAGAUCCAGCGCUGGAAGAUCCCAGGCAGCAAAGGAUGCUGAAAAGCAAGCGCGUGAACGUGGGGAACGAUGGUGCGCAUCACAAGCCGGAAAAGAUGCCAUAUCGGCCUUUCAAGGCUUCCUCCAGUCACAUUUUACGUUUCCGGAAAGCGGAGGGCAGGGGCCCCACCAUCCAGGAUCUUCAGCGUCUUCAAGUUCCACUGCAGCUUGUACUGGAGCCCUUCCGCAGCCCGCCACCUCGUCGCCAUCCUCAUCUCGUAAUGCGCAGCUAGCGGGCAGUGGAUCCACAUCGCCGCCAAACGCAAUCGCGUCGUCGCUAGAAUCGGAACUGAAAAAGCUAAUCGUGACAGCAGUGGUUGAAAGUGAAACGAAAACACACGCGAAACAGGCACCGCUGGUACCCGCUAGAGCAGGAGCACUGCCAGCGGCAGAAAACGAAGAGAAGGAGAACGCGAAAAACGAGGAAACUCUGGCCAAGAAAGAGAACGUCAUCAAAGGUGCAACCUCCUCUGUCGAAGAGAAAGAGGCAAAAGGUCCGCGCACUUCCACCACUGCCAAAGUGGAGGAGAAAACAACAUCUCAAAAAGAUGAGGAUCGAUCGAAUACGAAAAAGUAAAUAAACCAACUGGACCUAAUGUGAACUUUACAUCAAAAACCAGUGCAUUGUUACUUAGGUAAAAACUUGGACCCAAACUGUUAGCAGCCGCGACACUGGGCGAAGGAAGUUUUUAGAAGGAUUUAUUUUUCUGCGUCAAAGUCUUCAACAUCAAACACGAAGAUAUUUAGACGUACUAUAAUCCAUGCUUUAUCUCACGUAACUGUGAUUUUUCAAAACCAUACCUCCCACCGUCUAGCAUCUAAUUAUAUGUAGAUCUUUUGGUACAACAAAAGACAGUGACGAACGAAAAAUGUUGCGGUUUUUCUUCAGGGCUGCUACCACGUCCUGGUAUAGACAGCUUCAGUUGAUCGGUCCUCAGGGAGUAUUCCGAAAAACACUAUCUCAUGGUAAACAUCUUACUGCUUGUUACAUUGACAAGAAAAUCAUAGGUGGAUCUUCAUCUCCUGGAACGUACUAAGUUGCAAGUGAACUAAGUAUUCCCAAUACUCGCAGUGACAGCGGCACCCUCCCGAAUUAGUUUCACUGAAUGCACAAUCAAUAAAGGGAUGUUGCAAGACCGGCUAUAAACUGUAAGACAAGAACGGUUUCAGUAAAAAGAUGUGUUGGUCAUUGUGAAGCGAGUGCGAAAAGGUCAAUGUUGUAAUCUCUGCUGGUGCUGUCCGAGGCAUGAAGAAGAUCGUUCGAUAUUUGCGAGGGAUGGAUUCUGAUGCAGGUUGAUAAACAACAGUCACUCUACUUUCCGGUAUGAGCACG